GCAAAAAGAAGACCGUGACCAAGAGUUUAGCCAAGCCCGUUGACCAAACACAGUCGCACGUGGAUGCCGUUCUAGCGUUGUCGUGGAACAGACCCAAUCGCAAUCUCAUUGCCAGCGCAUCGGCAGACACCACCGUCAAGGUGUGGGAUCUAUCGCAAGGAACGUGUGCACUCAACCUCGUUCACCACACAAGCAAAGUGCAAUCGGUCACCUGGAACCCCACACAGCCCACUGUGCUGCUGACGGGCAGCUACGACGGUACCGCUGCUGUGGUGGAUUGCCGCACCCCUAGUGAGCUAUUGCGCUGGGAGCUGGGAGGCGAGGUGGAGUGUAUGGCAUGGAACCUGCACAACACAGACCAGUUCAUGACAUCACUGGACAACGGCAACAUCGUGUGCUGUGAUGUGAAGACGCCAGCCGCACCCCUGUACACGAUUAACGCACACUACAAGGCAGCCUGUACAGUGUCAUACAGGUAA